AUAAUUACAAAGAUAAUACAGUUUGGGAAACAUAUAGUUAGAGAGAGAGAGAGAGAGGUGCUAAAACACAAUUUAUGCAAGAAAAAUGACCAACCACCAGACAAACAGGAGAGGAGAAGAGAGGAGAAAAAUGAGGAGUCGAGUUCUCCGGAGGGAGGAACCAAAAUCUGAUAACAGAAAAAACGGAGGCAACCAAAAUUGUGAGCCUCUAAUACGUCUUUUCCAAAUCAGGAACUUCAAAACUUGGUCCAGAAUUUCCCUUCCUCCUCACAAUUCACAAUUCAAUGCAGUUUCAGUUUCAGUUGCAGAGCCUCAUCUCCUCCUCCGCACCUCCGCCAUGGGAUUGCCGCCGGCCAGACACCACUCUCCCCGCUCCCGCUCCCCCUCCUACCUCCUCCCCUCCGUCCUCGCCUUGUCCUUCCUCUCCCUCGCUUUCCUCGUCUUCUACAAGGUGGACGACUUCGCUGCGCAGACCAAGACCGUUGUUGGGCACAAUCUGGAUCCCACGCCGUGGCAUUUGUUCCCCCCCAGGUCCUUCGACGACGAGACCCGCCACGCCAGAGACCUCAAAAUCAUCCGCUGCUCCUACCUCACUUGCCGCUACGCCACCAACACUAAUACUUCUGCUGCUUCUUCACGCCCUUCGCGUCGCGCUCAAUCCAGCUCCAAAUGCCCGGACUUCUUCCGGUGGAUUCACCACGAUCUCGAUCCCUGGGCUCGGAGCCGAAUCUCGACGGCCCAAUUGGCGGAGGCCCAGAAAUUCGCGGCGUUCCGCGUUGUGAUCGUGGAGGGGAAGCUGUAUGUGGAUAUGUACUACGCGUGCGUGCAGAGCAGGGCGGUUUUCACGAUCUGGGGAUUGGUUCAGUUGCUUGAAAGGUUCCCUGGAAUGGUGCCGGACGUGGAUAUGAUGUUUGAUUGUAUGGACAAGCCGAGCAUCAACCGGACCGAGCACCACGACAUGCCGCUGCCUCUGUUUCGGUACUGCACCACCGAGGCUCACUUUGACAUUCCAUUUCCCGACUGGUCCUUCUGGGGAUGGCCAGAAGUGAACUUAAGAUCAUGGAGUGAGGAGUUUGAAGAUAUCAAGAAAGGCUCGAAAAAGUCGAGUUGGUCGAGUAAGCUUCCUCUAGCUUAUUGGAAGGGAAAUCCAGAUGUUGAUUCUCCUGCUCGUACUGAGCUGUUGAAAUGCAAUGACACAAGACAGUGGGGUGCUCAGAUCAUGCGUCAGAACUGGGUAGAAGAAGCAAGAGCUGGUUUUGAGCAAUCCAAGCUAUCCAACCAAUGCAACUACCGGUAUAAAAUCUAUGCUGAAGGGUUUGCUUGGUCAGUGAGCUUGAAGUACAUUCUUUCAUGUGGUUCAAUGUCUUUGAUUAUUUCACCUCAAUAUGAAGAUUUCUUCAGCCGUGGUCUUGACCCUUUGAAGAACUACUGGCCCAUCCCCUUCACUAAUAUGUGCCAAUCUAUUAAGCAUGCUGUUGACUGGGGAAAUAGUCAUUUGCCUGAGACUGAGGCAGUAGGACAACGGGGACAGGAUUUCAUGGAGAGCUUGAGCAUGGACACAGUCUAUUCUUACAUGUUUCACCUCAUUAGGGAGUACUCAAAGUUGCAGGACUUCAAGCCAACCCCACCACCAUCUGCUUUAGAAGUAUGUGCUGAGUCCUUGCUUUGCAUCGCCGAUGAGAUGCAGAGGUCAUUCCUCGAGAAGUCAGCCACCUCCGCUUCUUCAGUUCCUCCGUGCUCGCUCGACCGUGCAGGUAGCGAUAUCGUUUACAGUUGGUUGCAGCAAAAGAAGACAGAGAAAGCAAUGCAGGAGGAAGGGCUGGCUGCACAGAUACCCUUAAAGUAGCGAAUUUUGUUUGAUUGGUUUUCAUUCCAUUUUAGAGCAUUGAGUGAGAGUAGUGUUUAUGAUUUAGUGGUUUAUAGUUGAUUUUAGUGAAAGUUUGAAAUACUAGGUUUGCAUAGUGAGAGGACAUCACUGUCCAAAAUUUCU